UCAUUACCAGUGGAAACAUGAGAGCUUUAAUGGCACUCCUAAUCUAUACUUUAAGCUGAUAUUAGCAUAAUUCAAAAGGAAGAAGUAACUUUAAAAGUAGUAAUGUAAGACAAAACUCACAACGGCCCAUUUGAAAUCUAGGCACAGAACAGCUUCAGUUCCUUUUUUCCUAAUUGUUUUGCUAAGGACACUGGUUUUUAUUUCUCUGCAGUUUACAUCUUCUCAGUCUUCGAAUGUAAAUUAAAGACAUUUAUUUUGCAGCAUCUAGCACAGUAAGUUGCUUCUUUCCUUUGCUCUCAGAGUCAGCUUUCAUUAAGCAAUUUCCUCUUUUCGCUUUGGUCAAGAGGAGUGGCAUAAAGUCAUGAGGUUGAGUAUCACUUGAGGAAAGUUAGUUUUGCCUUUCUUCUUGGAGCCUCUUGGGGAUAGAGACGAAGAAAGGUCAACUCUUCCUCCAACUGGGAGAUCAAUUCCCUGUAACAGAAUCAUUUCAGUGUAGAUACAGAGUUACUAAAGGUAACAUAGGAUUUCGGAAGACUUUGAGCUAGGAGCCUCAGAGGAGACACAAUAUUUAGAAAUCAUUGAAGGCCCAACUUUAACUGAAAACAAACUUCAUAAAUCACUCCAAAAAUGAGUGAGCAGGAGGUGUCUUACUCAAAUGUGAGAUUUAAAAAAUGUUCAGGUUUGCAGAACCAAGUGAGACCUGAGGAGACUCAAAGGGCCAGAGCAGCUGGCCACAGAGAGAGGUCAGUCCCUUGGCAGCUCAUUGUGGUAGCUCUUGUAAUCCUCUGUUCCCUUCGGCUGGUAGCUGUUGCAAUUUUCGUGACAAACAUUUUUCAGUAUACUCAUGAAAAAUAUGAACUGCCAGAGGAAACUCCAAGCCUUAUCAAUAACUGCAGCACCAUGCAAAGUGACAUCGAUUUAAAGGAAGAAAUGCUAAGAAAUAUGUCUAUAAACUGUAGUCAAGGCAAUGAUUUCCUGCAAUCUCUAAACAGAGUACAGACAAGAUGGUACCGUGAAACUAAGACUGUUUUACCUUCCUCUCAGCACACAGGCAAAAAUGUUGAAAUAUACUGGUUCUGUUAUGGUAUAAAAUGUUAUUAUUUCAUCCUGGACACAAAGGCAUGGAAUGGAUGUAAACAGACCUGCCAGGAUUCCAGUUUAUCCCUUCUGAAGAUAGAUGAUGAGGACGAACUGAAGUUCCUUCGGUUCCAGGUUCUUUCAGACCAGUACUGGAUUGGAUUGUCAUAUAAUAAAAGAGAAAAGAAAUGGUCAUGGAUUGAUAAUGGCCAAUCUGAAUUUUCCUUGAACCUAAAGAAAUACAAUGUAAAGGAUGGAGAAUGUAUGUUCUUAUCUAAAAUGAGACUAGAAAAUGCUAAGUGCAUGAACCCCUUCCCAUGUAUUUGUCAGAAGAGACUGGAUAAAUUCCCUCAUUGACUCUCCAACAAGAGUUAAAGGAUUUAGUCUGCUGUGCAAACAGCGAGAUGAGCUGGAAGAGUGUGGGAAUGUUCUCUGGAAUCUGAUGUGGCAGAGCAGAGGCUUCUUCCAUCCUGGUGAAGACAGGACACAUUUUCUCUGGUGCACGGACAUGGUUUGCUUCAAAGUCUCCAGGACUCUGCUCUUUCUGAUUUCUUAAACUCUUAUAGAAUAAAAUCAAAUCCCAAUAACCAACCUGAGUAUUUCAUUAUGAUUAGAAUAAAUCCUGUUAAUUGAAA